AUGUCCACCGUUAUUGUCCUUGGCGCCAAUGGUUACAUUGGAUUGGGAGUUGCUCAGGCACUUCAAAGAAAUGGUUUUACAGUUCAUGGAGCCGUUCGUUCAGAUAAACAUGAACAUCUCAUGUGGUCGAAUGAAAUUACUCCACUCAUCUUGCCCAACGUUACUCAAUUAUUCACUGAUGAGAAGUAUGAGAAUUUAUUGUGGAGAACAAGUGCAAUUCUUGAUUGUGUUGGAUUGAGCAAUGAUACUGAGAAAAUGAUUCAGUUAAUUCAAGAACAUGCUGCUGAACGGUUUAAGAAACAACAUCCUAAAUUAUUGUUUCUUUUUACGAGUGGAAUCUUGACGUAUGGAACAAAUGAUACGAUUGUAGACGAAACUUUUCCUCAAAGACCUAAUCAUCCUGCUCUGGAUAAGAGAAGAGAGGUAGAAUUCAAAUUGCUUAAUGAGCAAUACAAGCAUUUGGAUAAUGUUGUGAUUCGUCCCGGUUUCGUAUAUGGCAAAAGUGGUGGAGGUAUAUUCGAAGAUUAUUUCAAACCUAAAAUCACUUCUGACAAUAAGCUUAUCGUAAUUGGUUCUCCACACAAGAAAUGGAGUUGGGUACACGUUGAUGAUCUCAGUGAAGCAUACGUCAAAGUCUUGACAGUUGGCAGAAACUUAAUUUCAGGUCAAGUUUUCAAUGUGACUGCAUUGAACGAUCAUCCAGAAUUUGGUCAUCUCAGAAUUGAAUUAGCCAAACUAACUGGAUGGAAACCAAGCUCACCACACAGAGAAGAAGAUUCCCUCCAAGUUGAGCCAAUUCCACAAAAUGAUUUGUUAGCUGAAAUGUGUGAAAAUUCAGUUAUUGUAAACCCAAGAAAGGCAAUGGAAGUUUUGGGAUGGAGACCAAAGCAUUUGAAUUUCUUGGAAAAUGGUCAAUUGUGCUAUCAAUGUUGGAAACAUUCAAAGAAUCAAUAA